UCUGUCGCCUCAGCUGUGCAAUUUACAUUUUGCAAUUGCAUAUUUUACGUGCGGUUGCAUUAAUAAAUUUUAAACAAAAACAUGUCUAAGGAUGACAAGGACAAAGUGCAAAUCAUCGACAAGGACUUGGAUCUAUCCAAUGCCGGACGUGGCGUUUGGUUAGUCAAAGUACCCAAAUACAUUGCACAGAAAUGGGAAAAGGCGCCAUCAAAUAUGGAUGUUGGUAAGCUGCGUAUCAGCAAGACGCCUGGCCAGAAGGCGCAGGUCUCACUUUCACUGACGCCUGCUGUGCUCGCACUGGAUCCGGAUGAGAAGAUACCCACAGAGCAUGUGCUUGACGUGUCACAGGUGACGAAACAGACACUUGGCGUUUUCUCCCACAUGGCACCCACAGAGGCGGCGGCCGUCGCCAGCAACGGUAAGGAAAAUGGGACAGGUGCCGCUUCAGCGACGCCAGAUAGUGAAAAGCUGUACAUGGAAGGUCGCAUCGUCCAAAAGCUCGAAUGCCGUCCCAUUGCCGACACUUGUUACAUGAAGUUGAAGCUCGAGUCUAUACGCAAGGCAUCGGAGCCACAACGUCGAGUGCAGCCGAUCGACAAGAUCGUACAGAACUACAAGCCAGUGAAGGAUCAUGCACAUAAUAUUGAGUAUCGGGAACGUAAGAAGGCGGAAGGCAAGAAAGCACGCGACGACAAGAAUGCUGUGAUGGAUAUGCUUUUCCAUGCCUUUGAAAAGCAUCAGUACUAUAAUAUUAAGGAUCUGGUCAAAAUAACCAAUCAGCCAAUUAGCUACCUGAAGGAGAUACUUAAGGAUGUCUGCGACUACAACAUGAAAAAUCCGCACAAAAACAUGUGGGAACUCAAGAAAGAAUAUCGCCACUACAAGACUGACGAACAAAAGGACGAGGAAAAGGCCAAAUCGGACGGCAGCGAUACUGAAUAGUCGUAGGAUCUUGAUUUUAUUACCUGUAUAUACACAUAUGUAUGUACAAUUUUCCAAUGUAAUCACUUACUCUCAUCUAAGCAAAAAGUAAAUCCAGCAGAUUUUCUGCACAAUUUUAUCACAA